AUGAAUGAUCUGGAUGAAAUGGAUGAUGGCAUUGAUCAGGUUGAAGAUGAAUAUGAUGAAAGAAACGAGGAAGAUGUUUCGGAUUAUUGUCCUGGAGGUUAUCAUCCCAUCAAAAUUGGCGACAAAUACGGCUCGUCUGGUCAGUAUACAAUUUUAAGAAAACUUGGUUGGGGACAUUUUUCAACUGUUUGGUUAGCUUAUGACUCUGAGAAAUUUCAUCACGUUGCAAUAAAGGUCGUCAAAUCUUCUGAAAACUAUAGAAUUGCUGCACUAGAUGAAAUUAAGAUUUUGCGGAAAGCAAAGUCUGGAAAUAAAAAUCAUCCUGGAAAAAAACAUGUUAUUGAAUUAUUGGAUUAUUUUGUCAUUAACGGUCCCAAUGGUGAUCACAUUUGUAUGGUAUUUGAAGUUUUGGGCGAGAAUAUGUUAUCUUUGAUUCAAAAUAAUUCAAAUUUACUAGAUGAUGAUGUCCCCCCUGAAGUUAUUACAAUGAACAUUGAUAACCUAAAGAAGCUAUUUAAAAAUUGCUAUGGAGGUUUACCUUUGCCCAUUGUCAAGAAAAUUACAAAACAGUUGUUGUUGGCUAUCGAUUAUUUGCAUCAUGAAUGUGGUUUGAUUCAUACCGACAUUAAACCAGAAAACAUAUUAUUGGAAAUUACAAAUGUUGAUCAAUUGAUUUUUUUAAUGAACGAAGAAGACCGUUUAAAUAAAUUCGAAAAAAGUUAUUACAAGAAACUAUCUGAAGAAGAUUUAUUAAAACAAAAGGGCUCAAUUAUUGCUGGAUUGAAAUCAUCUCCGAAUAUCAAUCAGCUUCGCCGAAAUUCUUUAUCAAAUACAUCAUUUGUUUCUUCAAAUAAAACCACAAAUGCAAAUGAGCUUAUUGAACUAGCAGACACUAAAACCUAUUCUCCCAAAUUGCACCGUUCUCGAAAAUCAUUCUAUCGGAACCCUGUUAAAACUUCAAAACCUUUACCAUCACCCCUUUUAAGACAAAAUUCAUACGCCAAUUGUUGUUUGAAAAAUAAUGCUUUUGCCCAUGGUUUGGUUGGUGAUUCCGCUUCACAUCAAUUUUUCUGUCAAAGCAAUUCCGUCAAUACUGAUUCUGUAAAUAGUUUUGGAAAUUUGGCCAACGAAAGCGGAAAUUCUCUGAUAAACUCUCUUUCUUUUAUAAACUCUCCACUUAACAAAUUGCAGGUCGAUAGUAGAAGAGUCAGCAGUUAUUCAAAUUUGGCAUAUUCUGAUAAUGAUUCCAAAAAGUCAACAAUUCAAGAUAUUGCUCAAGAUGUUAUUGUUGACGAAUUUGAAGAAUUAGAUCAAUAUAUUUCAGUGAAAAUUGCUGAUUUGGGAAAUGCAUGUUACACUGAUUGUCAUUUUAGCGACGAUAUUCAAACAAGACAAUACAGGGCCCCUGAAAUUAUUGUUGGCUGUAAAAAUUGGGGGUGUUCUGCUGAUAUAUGGUCAAUUGGUUGUUUAAUUUUUGAAUUGAUCACAGGUGAUUAUUUAUUUGAACCUAGAGAUUCAUCUAGAUAUUCGAAAGAUGAAGAUCAUUUAGCUCAGAUCAUUGAGCUAUUGCUUGAUGAAAAUGAAGAUUAUUAUGAUACAAGGAAUAAUAAUUUUGGACCUUUUGUUUUUCCUUUAGAAAUGAUAAAAUAUUCGGUCUAUGCAAAACAUUAUUUCAACCAAGGUUAUACUGGAUUAAGACGAAUUCUUAGAUUAAAAUAUUGGCCACUUCGAGAAGUGUUAAGUGAAAAGUACCAGAUUCCUUUUGAUGAAUGUUCUUCAAUUUGCAGUUUUUUAUUACCAAUGUUGGAAAUUAAUCCAAAGUAUCGGGCCGAUGGUGGUAAUGAAGAGAAUAAUAAUAAUUCUCAAGACGAUGAGCACAUUGAUAGACCAGCAGGUAAAUGUGGAGAGGAUAUUGAUGGUUGGUAUUACUUGGUCAGAAAGUAA